AGGAGAAGAGCGUCUCAUUCCUACAAACCUGCAAACCCAGAGACAGCGCGCGCGUCUGGACCCGCACUCAGUCGCGAGGCUGCGGUGGAGCAGGAUCUCUGCGAGAGCAUCUCAUCUGUUUCUCAAGCGAGCAACACCUGCGCGAACUAUGUGAAGGUUUCCUUCAGAGCAUCUGUGACCAUGCUGUUCCCUGCCUCAAAGUCCGAUGUUAAAUCUGUUCUGGACGGAGUGGCAGAAACCACGUUCAGAACCAUCACUUCUGGACUGCAGUACAUUGGUAAUAAUGAUGUUGGCUACGAAGACCACAUCAUAGACGGCGACUUCGGCAAAGGUGGAGGAUAUCUUCUGCCGAAGCCGUUUGCAGCCUACCGCAGAAGCUCCUUCGCUGAUAAAGUGGGACCGGAUGAGGAACUCAUCAUAAACGGUAUUCCCUUUUACCCCACGAACAGCUCUGAUGUGUUUGGGAACUUCAGCCUCGGAGAUGAAGGGAGCAGUCUGCAGUGCGGGGAGAACUUUAUGGACAUGGAAUGCUUCAUGAUACUGACUCCUAGCCAGCAGCUCGCCAUAGCCGUGCUGUCUCUCACGCUGGGGACUUUUACUGUAUUGGAGAACCUGGUGGUCCUGUGCGUGAUACUGCAGUCACGUACCCUGCGCUGCAGGCCCUCCUACCAUUUCAUAGGCAGCUUGGCCAUCGCAGACCUGCUUGGCAGCGUCAUCUUUGUCUACAGCUUCUUGGACUUUCACAUCUUUCACCGCAAAGACAGUCCGAACGUGUUUCUGUUCAAGUUGGGGGGCGUGACGGCCUCGUUCACCGCAUCUGUGGGAAGCCUGUUCCUCACCGCCAUCGACCGAUACGUUUCUAUCCACCGUCCGCUGGCGUACAGGCGCAUUGUGACACGCACCAAAGCCGUGAUCGCCUUCUGCAUGAUGUGGGCGAUCUCUAUUAUCAUCGCCGUGCUGCCGCUGCUGGGCUGGAACUGCAAGCAGCUCAACUCGGUCUGCUCCGACAUCUUUCCGCUCAUCGACGAGAACUACCUGAUGUUCUGGAUCAGCGUGACCACCGUUCUGGUCAUCUUCAUUAUUUACGCUUACAUGUACAUCCUCUGGAAGGCCCACCACCACGCGGUGAGGAUGCUGCGGCGCACGUCUCAGAAGAGCCUGGUGGUCCACUCCUCCGACGGCACCAAGGUCCAGACCGCCAGACCGGAUCAGGUUCGCAUGGACAUCCGUUUGGCCAAAACGCUGGUUCUGAUCCUGGUGGUGUUGGUGAUCUGCUGGGGGCCUCUGCUGGCCAUCAUGGUGUAUGAUCUGUUCUGGCGGAUGGACGACAACAUUAAGACAGUGUUUGCGUUCUGCACUAUGCUCUGCCUGCUCAACUCCACCAUUAACCCAAUAAUCUACGCUCUCAGGAGUAAAGACCUGCGGAGGGCCUUCCUCGCCACCUGCCAGGGCUGCAGGAGCACCUCCAGCACGUCCCUGCAGCUGGACAACAGCCUGGAGUCAGAUUGUCAGAGGAAUCAGCACAUCGCCGCCCACCGUGCGGCCGAGAGCUGCGUCAAGACCACCGUGAAAAUAGCCAAAUUGACAAUGUCCGUCUCAGCGGAGACAUCGGCUGAAGCCGUUUGAUUGUACUGCCGGCCGGGUGAUGUUCAGAUGCAUCUCAAAAGAAUGUCAUGGAAAGUUCAAAACACAAAGCUGCUUAAGUUAUCACUGGAUUGAUGAAGUGUUCACUAUUACAUUUCAUCGCUUAAGUGCCAAAUUUGAUUUUUUUUUUUUUCUCUCAGAAAAGGUUCUCACCCAGUAAAUGAAAUUGUUGGGGCUUUUUUGUUGUUGUUGUUGUUUGCCCUUAUAUUUAAUUGUAAUGUGUGGAUGUUGUGUGUGCUUUAUGAAAGUUUACUAUAUUUUUAUACUUUGAUUUUUUGUUUUUUGAACAAUGAUAUCUUCUCACAUGGGAAUAAGGGGCUAAUGAACUUUUUAAUAAAACCGUGUAAGUAUGAAUUCAAAUACAUACAUACAUACAUAUAUAUAUAUAUAUAUAUCAUACAUACUAUAUAUAUAUAUAUAUACACACACACACACACACAUUGGUAUCUAUGUAAAUAUGUGUCAAACCCUGUGGAGAUUUAGUGUAUCCAACAUCAUUGUGAUAAACCACAAAAGAUAAGAGUCUCUCUGUUUUUGAGAUGUCUUGCUUUGCCAAUGAAGUAAAUGUUUUGAAACUGAAAGUAUUAUAAGAGGAGCAAGUUCUUAGGUACAUGAAUAAUGAAAGCAGGAAAAGUGAGGACAUUUGUUUGGUUCGGUUAACAAAUGUAUUGAAUAUCGUUUACUAAGAUAUAUUUGGUCCGUUACAUGAUACUUUAGUGUUAUUGUUGUGAGGAUCAGAAAAAAGACAGGACUAUUUUUUUUUUAACAAGAUGGCCGUUAUUGUGUUUUAUCAUCACAGAUAAUACAGUGACUGAAAUAACUGUUGGAUUUGAAUCUGAUUGUAUUUUUUCAUUCUGCCGAUGUAUUUCUCUGAGAUGUAAAGUAAAAUUCAUUUUACAAUAUGCACAAAGCCCAGAGAAAAAUAAAAAAGAUAAAAAUAACAUUUUGUUAAUAGAAAAUUUGUAGUUAAUCUUGUAGUUAAUUAACAAGCAACUGAAAUGUACAUAUCAUAAUUGUAUAGUCAUAUUCCUUAAAGCGUGAUAUGGUGUGGUGGUGCUUUUUUGUUUGCACUGUUCAAAAGUAUAGGUACAUUCCUUACAUAAAAUGUAUCUACUUAAGUAUUGAAGCUUACAAAUCAUAAAAUGUCACAGUGGCUUUUGUCCCAAAGUAGUUCUUGAAAGUCUGUCUCGAAAUGAUGUCUUAAAAUACAGAAGCUGCUUGCACACUUAUGUAUCACAGUUUAGUCCAUUUCAAGUAUUUUUUUUUUUUUUUUUUAAAUAAAGUCAGUACUGACCUA